AUGGCAGCUGUCAAAGUUAUUAAGAAGCACACCAAGCCUUUCAGACGCCACCAGUCUGACCGCUUCCACCGUGUCGGUGAGUCAUGGAGAAAGCCCAGAGGUAUUGACAACUGUGUCCGUCGCCGUUUCAAGGGUGUCAUUCGCAUGCCCAAGAUUGGUUAUGGUAACAACAAGAAGACCAGAUACUGCAUGCCUAACGGUUUGAAGGCUUUCGUCGUCCGCAACGUCGCUGACGUCGAGCUUUUGUUGAUGCAUAACAAGACAUACGCUGCUGAGAUUGCUUCUAAUGUUUCUGCUCGUAAGCGCGUCGAUAUUGUUGAAAAGGCCCGUGCUCUUGGUGUUAAGGUCACUAAUGCUGGUGCCAAGGUUCGCUCUCAGGAGUAA